AUGCUCCGACCACGAACAUUGCGGGCACUGCGUGCAGUCCGAGUACCGCGGCCGAUACGGUUCUACUCUCAGGAAUCGUCCGACCAUCCUCUCCGCCCCAACGUUCCCCUCACCGAGCUCCAGCAGCCGGUCACUCCGCUCGACCCUCCGAUCCUCUCCAUCCCUCCAUCAUCGCUUUCGCGAGCUGACCUCGAACGUCUGCACACCCUUGCGGCGCUGAACCCACCGCCAGCCGGCUCAAAGGAGGAGGCGAAGCUUCUGGAGGAGCUGAACGAGCUCGUCGGUCUCAUGGACCUCGUGCACGAGGUCGAGGUUAACGAGGACCACGGCGAGCUCCUGACGCAUGGCGUGCCCGAGAUGGUCUUUGACGUCGACACCAAGCACACGCUGCAAUCACCGCCAGAGGGCAAGCGUGACCGCGAACUUCUGGAGUACGCGACGCGCCGCAUCGGCGACUACUACGGCUUCAAGACUGAGGCGAAGGCGGCGAAGGAGCGCGAGGAGGCUUAA